AUGAGCUAUCCCAUUGAAAAUAUAGACAAUUUUACAGAAAUUGAAGCGAAGGUAUCACUCCAAAAUCUCGUAGACAUAACUGUCGAACAAAUUUUGGUACAUAUCUCUGAUUUAAACCACCCAUGUGAUAUCGUUUCAAUAUACAAAUGGGGUAUGGAUGGUAGCAGUGGUCAUCCAGAGUUUAAACAAAGAUUUAUUGAUUCAAAUAGUACAGAUUCAACUGUAUUUUGCACGAAUUUGGUACCCCUUUUACUGAAAACUGGAGACUCAGUUAUCUGGAAAAAUGAAAGUCCAAGUUCUUCCAGUUUGUGCAGGCCAAUUAGAAUAGCUUUUUGCAAGGAAGACACUGCUUCCACUCAAAAAGAGUAUUCAAGAGUAAUGAAAGAAAUUGAUGAAUUAGCAAACACUACAAUUAGACUAAACAAUUCUGUUGAAGUUACUGUACAACACGAAUUCCUUUUUACUAUGGUGGAUGGAAAAAUAAUAAAUGCAAUAAGCGAAAAUAAGGCGACUUCGAGAUGUCCUGUUUGUCUUGCUGGUCCAAAAACUUUAAACGAGAUACCAAAGGAGAAUACUGCUAAGGAUGUAUUCAAAUUUGGGAUAUCUCCACUUCAUGCCAAAAUUAACUGUAUGGAGUUUUUACUAAGAUGUAGUUAUAAGCUGCCUGAAACAAAAAAUGAGCAGGAAAUAAGAAAGAAAGAAGUUCAAAAAAGUUUCAAAGAAAAAACUGGUUUAAUUAUUGGCAAACCAAAACCUGGAUUUGGCAUUUCGCAUGAUGGAAACACAGCGCGAAGAUUUUUUCAAAAUUCGGAAUUGACAUCUGAAAUUAUAGAUAUUGAAUUAUCUAUCGUAAAAAGAUUUGCAAAUAUUCUCGCUGCUAUUUCAUGCAAUAGGACAAUUUCACCAGAAGCCUACAAAAAAUAUGCCUUCGAAACUGCGGAGCUUUUCCUCAACAUAUAUCCACAAUUUAAGUUUUCCCCAACAGUACAUAAAAUUCUGUACCAUGGACACAAAUACCUGGAAAAGUUUCCUUCCAUUCCAUUAGGUGCCCUUAGUGAAGAGCCUCAGGAAGCCCGAAAUAAGGACUUCAAGAAAUUUAGGACAGAUUUUUCACGGAAAAUAUCUCGUAAGGCUAAUUUGCAAGAUGUUUUUAAUAGAUUAAUGUUGACUUCAGAUCCUCUAUUUUUUUACAUUUAUCAAACAUUUCAAAAAUCAAAGCUUUCGAAGAAAACAGAAAAAGAACAUUUGCACAUUGACUUACUAAAUAUUGAGGCCUGUAUCGAUAAUGACAUAAUGACACAGGCAUAUGACUCCAGUUCGGAUGAGGAAUCGGAAGAAAUCGAUAGCAUUGCGGAUGAUGUAAAUGAUUCAGAAAAUGAGUUUGAAGAUAUUCUUUUAUAA